AUGUCGUCACAAACAACACCCAUUUCCACAACUCCUCCUACACCGCACGAAUAUGAAAACCUGGCAAUACUUCAAUCAGCUCUAGCUUCUGCUCAAGCUGCAAGGUCACAUUCUACUGAGGGUGGUUCCAGGGCUACAAAUCAUAGGGAGUCAAAAAGGGCUGUUAUGGAAGAAUAUUCUGACAUAUCUUCGGAACAUCCUGCGGGACACGAAUCUAAUAACGAAGAAGCAGCACCCGACACAUCAAUUCAAUCACCGACAUCAACACCGACUCCCUCCACACCCCUAUUUUCAGCACUAUCACCUAAUGAGCUUUCAUCGAACCUAAAUUUAUCACCUGCAGUACAUAUGACCACACCUAUAAUACCAUCAUCGCCCACAAUACCUCCCACGUCCUUACCACCUUCUGGAUCACAUUCUACGAUAUCACCUUCAUCAAUUGCCGCAAUGGCCGAUAUACAAAUCCAAUGUGCCAAUUGUGGUCAAACUCAAACACCAUUAUGGCGGAAGAACGACAAGGGGCAACCCCUCUGUAAUGCUUGUGGACUAUAUGCCAAGUUACAUAAUAGAGAUCGUCCUAUAGCCAUGAGAAAGGCUAAAAUUCAGCGUAGACGUCGUGAUUGGAACAAAUAUGGUCAUGUUGAAGACGGGCAUUCUACCGAGGAAAACAACGAGUCAACAUCAAAUUAUUCGCAAAAAGGUCCGAUCACACUACACACGAUUCUUCCAAAUCAAAGGCCUAUAGCACCGAUGACUAUGUCACCGAGUCUUAUGGCGCCUGCACUUUUAACAUUAGCUACCGCGGCCACUUGCCAGCGGGAACAAAUGUUAGAAGAGGAACAGCGUCGCCAGCUUCAACAAUUACAACAGCACCAUGAGGAGAUGUCCGAUGACCACGAUCAAAAUUCGACGAUGCCUGGCUGUAUAAAUUCAUCUUUUGAUUACAAUGAUGAGACGAAGUUUAAAAUUUUGGUGGAUCAAAUGUCCAAAAAACAAGUGGAAGGUGUAUUGAAGGUUUUAGAGAGGCGGUGCGAGAUUCUGAAAAUGGCAUUGGGCGAAUCACAAUAA